ACACUCUCUGCAACUCACUGAAAAAAUCUUAAUCAUUAUAUCAUAACCCUCUGUCCUUGUCUCUCUCGCUCAAACCCGAAAAGCUUUCCGUUCAUGGCACAAAACUUUGAGCCCUUUGAUGUCCCACAGCACAACAGAAGAAACAAGCUUCGCUUCAUUACUCAAACCAGCCAAGAACCGCAAAACCCACCAACCCUCAUGAACCCUUCUCCAACUCCUUCUUUCUCCUCCCUUCAAAACCCUAAAGAUCACCAUAUGAUGAGCUACCACCCCUUAACUAGCCACCAAGAGGGUUUAUCAUUGUCUCUUUCAUUUCAACUCGACAGGCAAAGAUGCAAUGCUGUUUCAGUUUUUGGAGAUUUCUUGAAGCAGAAUGGUGAAAUCAGAAGCUCUGUCCCUCUUGGCCCAUUUACGGGCUAUGCAUCAAUCUUGAAAGGUUCAAGGUUCUUGAAACCUGCACAGCAGAUUUUGGAUGAUCUUUGUGGCACUGCAAAUUAUGAAGUUUUAAACGUUUCUUUGGAACUUUUAAAUGAAAGUGAAGUUAUGAGAGAAAGUGCUGCGCUUAGUGAUCGAGUAGAGCAUCGUUGGAAGAAUUCAAAGUUGAUGUUAAUGCUAGACGAGGUAUACAGGAGAUACAAGCUCUAUUGCCAGCAAAUGCAAUCAGUUGUUGCAUCAUUUGAAAGUGUUGCUGGACUUGGAAAUGCAGCUCCCUACAUUUGCUAUGCUAUUAAAACUGUUUCAAAGCAUUUCACUUGCCUCAAGAAUGCACUUUUGAACCAAAUUCACUUCACAGGGAAGGCUUCUGAUGAAAGUAAUAUUAUUAGCAAUGAAAGAAUUCCAAGAUUUCGUGCAUCUGAUGAACAAGGUCUUCAAAACCAAAACCCAAGUCUCAAAAUUAGCAUUCUUCAACAUCCUGUUUGGCGAUCUCAAAGAGGACUACCAGAUCAUGCAGUAGCUGUGCUUAAGACAUGGUUAUUUGAACACUUCCUUCAUCCCUAUCCAAACGACUCAGAAAAGCAAAUUCUGGCUCAACAGACAGGUCUGUCGAGGACUCAGGUUUCUAAUUGGUUUAUCAAUGCAAGAGUCAGACUUUGGAAACCAAUGGUGGAAGAAGUCUACAAGAUUGCAUCUCAGCAAGGUCAUCAAGUACCAUUAGAAGCAGCUAACCACAAUGCCAAUGUGCCUCCUCUUGAUUUCCCUUUGGAGAAACUGUCGCAAACCACUCAUCACCAGAACGCUGAGAAUAUCCAAACCAACUGCUCUAGAAAUGAACUAGCUGAUAUGUCUAUGCAGAGACCGGAACUAAGAAAUGUAUCUUUUGACAAUUCUUCAAGCCUUUUCCAAACUGCUAAUGAUGGAGUUUCUUUGGCAUUAGGACUUCAUCAGAAUGUUGGGAUUGAUAUGUCUCAGCCACUCCUCAUGAACAUAGCUCACCAUGUCAACCUGGAAAUGAUUAGUGUGAUGGAUUCAGCAUCCGCUGCAAGUUUUCAAGCACAAAACCAGCAUUUUGGGAAGGACUAGAGGAGCUAGAUGAAGGAAAUUUGCAGCCUGUAGUUUGAUUAAUUGUGCUUAAAUUAUAAAGAACAAUUUUUAGAGUAACUUCAAUUUAGGCAAUCUUUUCUUUUUUAUCAGCAGAGGAAGUUGAGAUGGAAGAAAUGUUGGCA